AUGACAACAUCAGCCGCUGGAGAUGGCCAUAUUGUAGAGGGUGGCGAGGGUGAGGAUAUGUUGGUGUCAUCGUCCACUGACGCCACUGGAUUCUUGGCUCGAUGGAAGAACUUUUUUAUUGGACCACAGGACGAGACAUUCUCGAGUGAUGAGGCAGAGUCGCUCCUCCCGCAGACCGCAUUAACGAAUGGAUAUGAUAGUGUUGGAACCAAUGUUAGAAAUCAAGGACGAUAUUGUCGGCCACGAAGAUCCAUGAGUAGCCUUAUCACGACACAGGAGAGUGCUUGGGAUGACUUUAAAUCAAACAAGUGGACUUCAAAAAUGAUUAUUCAAAAGUGCCUAUAUGAACCUAUCGGCUUUCUACCAGCAGUUGUUCUCGGCUUGCUCUUAAAUCUUUUAGAUGCCAUCUCAUAUGGUUUGAUCAUUUUCCCGCUCAACACUGCUCCAUUUCAAUCUCUUGGACCUGAUGGCAUCUCCAUGUUUUUUGUGAGCUGUAUUAUUUCUCAACUAGUCUUUUCUCUUGGCGGCAGUGCUUUUAAAGGCGGGAACGGAGGAAUGAUGAUUGAGGUGGUUCCAUUCUUGCAUUUGAUGGCAGAAACAAUUGUGGGAAGACUUGGAGCUGAAAACAAGGAUGAGGUUAUUGCGACUACUAUCCUCGCGUAUGCUCUUAGCGCCAUUAUGACUGGUGCAGCCUUCAUGUCUCUUGGAUACUUCAAGCUUGGGUCUUUGAUUGCGUUCUUUCCUCGCCAUAUCCUAGUGGGAUGCAUCGGGGGUGUAGGCUGGUUCUUGGUCAUUACUGGUUUGGAGGUGACUUCGAGAAUGACCUCUGAGUUGACAUACUCUUAUGAGACUUUUAGAUUUCUAUUCCUGAACCACCAUGUCUUCUCACUCUGGUUUACACCGCUGUCGCUGGCACUCGUGCUACGUUUACUGCAGCGCAAGAUUAAACAUCCGUUCUUGAUCCCGACAUUCUUCAUGGCUGUCCCAAUGCUUUUUUAUCUGAUUGUAGCUAUUGCCGGCUUUGACUGGGAUAUGCUCCGUGAAAAUGGAUGGGUUUUUCCGAUGCCAUCAGGCAAUGCACCAGGCUGGCAAUUUUAUACCUUUUUUGAUCUCGGGAAAACCAAUUGGAGUGCCAUUUUGGAAACAGUGCCUGUGAUGCUUGCAUUAACAUUUUUUGGAAUUCUGCAUGUUCCAAUCAAUGUGCCUGCACUUGCUGUAUCCACAGGACAAGACAACGUCGAUAUCAACCGCGAACUUGUUGCACACGGCUAUUCUAAUCUACUGAGUGGUUGCUUCGGAACGCUUCAGAACUAUCUGGUGUAUACAAAUUCGGUGUUAUUCAUUAAAUCUGGUGGUAACAGCCGAGUGGCAGGGAUCAUGCUCGCCGUAGCUACGCUUAUUGUGUUUCUUAUAGGCCCAUGGAUAGUAGGCUAUAUUCCUGUGAUGGUAGUUGGUGCCCUUAUCUUCCAUCUAGGUAUGGACCUUGUUAAAGAAGCCCUUUUAGACACCUGGGGUCUUGUUCAUCGCUUCGAAUAUCUUACGAUUAUCUUGAUUGUCGUCUUCAUGGCGGCGCUCGGAUUCGUCGAGGGUAUCUUUGUGGGUAUCUUGCUGGCCUGUGUAUUCUUUGUGGUUAAGAAUUCUCGUAAGGAAUGUAUCCGGUAUUCAUGCACGGGUGAAUCAGCCAAGUCGACAGUCAGGCGUGUCUAUCGACAACAAAAAUUCCUUCGACAAGUCGGCCGUCAGAUUUACAUCUUCAAACUACAAGGUGACAUGUUCUUUGGAACGAUCAACAAAGUUGAAAUGGCUAUUCGGGAUGUAUUUUCACGUCGCCGGUGGGAAUCUAAUCCAAUCCAGUUCUUGGUCCUGGACUUUGCUUUGGUCCGCGACAUUGAUUUCUCUGCAGCAGAGGGAUUUGGUCGAAUCCGGCGGACUGUGCGUGCUAAAGGCGUGUGCUUAGUUCUUUCUGGCUUGGACGAAGAAAUGAGUAGGACGCUUCAAAUGGUUGGCGUCUGGGGCGCAGGCUCUGGUAAUGGUAUGAGUGAAGGCCAUGGUCAUGGCCAACCAAUUCAGGAGAGUUUCGAUACUCAGGUGUUCCCCGGGUUAAGCGAGGCGCUCGAAUAUUGCGAGAAUUGCUUGUUGCAGACGUUUUAUCGAGCGAAGGCAUCGGCCAUAGAGACGGCUCGACGGCAACGACAGUUGGAGGAAACGGCUGCUCAAGAAGAGGAUGGAGAUUCAGAAACCAGCCGAUUCUUUUCUGAGCAAAUUCCCAAUAGUCCGCGAAAAAGCUUUCUGUUCAAUGUGGCCCGCGACACAUUAUUGGCACAUGAUCGGCCUAUUCCACAACCUAUGAAUCUUCAAGAACCCGUUCCGACACUCUUGGCUGCAUUCUCGGAUACACGUGAGAAUCCGAUCGAUUUCUUUUUACAGCUGAGCAUGUAUUUUACACGUAAGACAGUGUUGGCCGGUACAAUACUCUGGCGUCAAGGUGGAUUACCAGUCGAUGGGCUUUAUAUAAUUGAAACGGGCACGAUGCGAAGUAUACAAGAAUUCCAAGACAGUGGUGUGAUUCGACGGACAGCAGAGGUGGCUCUUCCUGGCACCAUUGCGGGCGAGAUUGGGCUUUUUACGGGUCAGGUUCGAACAUCGACUUUGGUAUCGGAGACAGAUGGUGUGGUCUGGGGUUUAAGUCAAGACCAGUUCCAGAAGAUGGUUAAGGACGAUCCUUCUCUUGCUGUUGAGUUUAUGAGAAUCGCCAUGAGCUACUCUGCAGAGCGUUUGAACUUGAUGUCACAAUACGCGUUCAGUUUGAGUUAG